UCAGUCGCCCGUGCGAAGCUGUCCCGUGUGUUUAGCUAUUUGCUUACGCGCAAUCUCUCUGUACAGUUGUGUUCAGUGUGCACGUAAUAACGGUCUGUGUACCAGAAGACACAUAACUAUUUCCAGCACAGGUCCACAGCAAAAGUGUUACACUUCAUAGUGUUUAUUAAUCAUUAACAACUAAAUAAACUCUUAAAUCUACCAUAACAUGGACGCAUCACCGUUAACGACAUUGUUUCUCAGUGCAAAUUAAAGAAAGGAAUGUGUGUUCUUUCGACUGAGUUCAUUUGUUCUUAAUUUAGUUGUGAAUUCUAGUUGUUAGGUGACAGCAUUUUACUAACACGGGUAUGCCUGAACGCUCAAGAACCCAUCAUCCAAUUAUAUUACAAAAAUGCUGUCAGCCUCGCAACAGACCUGCUUGUAUAACUGUGACAGUUCUUGGAUUUGUCAUUGCAGCCAUUCUCUUAGCCUUCGCGGCCUUCGAACAAGACGAAUCAUCUCAUGCAACACUCCGAUUGGUUAGCGUGAUUUUCCGCCAUGGGGACAGAACACCGACAGAGACCUAUCCUACGGACCCUUACAGAGAUGGCAGCGCGUGGCCCGAGGGAUGGGGUGCCCUUACCAAGAAAGGUAUGCUGCAGAUGUUCAAACUUGGAGAGUUCCUGCGGACUCGUUACAAUGGCUACCUAAGCGAACUGUAUUAUCCCAAAGAUUUUCUGAUGAAAAGCAGUGCUAAUGAUCGUUGUCUGAUGAGUGCUCAGGCUGUUCUUGCAGGGCUGUAUCCGCCCAAAGGGAUGCAAGUGUGGUUACCUGAUCUCAAAUGGCAACCCAUACCAGUUCAUUCCACCCCUAGGCACCUGGACCAGCUCAUUGUAAUGAAGAAGCCAUGCCCAAGAAAUGAGCAGGAAUUACGUAAAGCAUACAGGUCCAGUGUGAUAACAGAGUUGAACCAUGAGAAUGGAGAUUUAUAUGAUUACCUGACCAUGCACACAGGACAGAAUAUCACCAAUGUCACAGCAGUCGAGUUUCUCUAUAACACACUGGAAAUAGAGGCAUCACAUGGGCUUCCACUGCCAGAAUGGACACGAACUGUGUACCCCGAGAAAAUGAGACAUCUGGCAGCAAUUAGUCUUACAGUCUUCACCCAUAAUGACAUCCUGAAGAGACUGACUGGUGGCCCAUUAGUGGGAGAGAUUGUGCAGAAUAUGGAGAAUAAGAGGAGAGGUUCACUGAAGCCUGAUCGCAAGAUGGUGCUUUACUCGGCACAUGACAUCACCAUUGUGAAUGCGUGGCGUGCUCUGGGAUUCACAGAUCUCAUUAAACCUGAUUAUGGAGCCUCAUUGGUGUUUGAGUUACAUACAACAAGAUCUGGAACAAGCUAUGAGGUGAAGUUGUUAUACUUGAGCAACACAACCACCUCACAUCUUAUUAUACUGAACAUGCCGAACUGUGGACAGCCCUGUUACCUGGACACUUUCCUGAGACUUCUCCGCCCAGUAGUGCCAGAAGAUUGGGAUGAGGAGUGCCAAACCACUAUAGAACCUGACAACUGUGAGCAGUGCACACGUGUAAAAAUGUUCAGCUGGCUUAAUCGAGAAGAAAACAGGAAAACACCUGAAGUGUUUGAGAAUGUUGUGGAAGGGCUCAAAAAAGUUUAUAAAACUAAGUUACUUCCCUUGGAACAGUUCUACCAGUUUCAUGACUUUCAUUCACCGAUGUUGAAUGAUCCAGAUUUCGAUGCAAAACCCAUGAUACUGCUUGUUGGCCAAUAUUCUACAGGGAAAACAACAUUUAUUAAGUAUUUACUGGAACAGGAUUUCCCAGGAAUACGAAUUGGUCCAGAACCAACUACAGAUCGGUUCAUUGCGGUUAUGUAUGAUGAUAAAGAGGGUGUGAUUCCAGGAAAUGCUUUAGUAGUAGAUCCCAAGAAACAGUUUCGACCUCUAACAAAGUUUGGGAAUGCUUUUCUUAAUCGCUUUCAGUGUUCAUUAGUAAAUUCCCCAGUACUUAAGGGUAUGUCAAUUGUUGACACUCCAGGUAUUUUGUCUGGUGAAAAGCAACGUGUAGAUAGAGGAUAUGAUUUCACCGGUGUUUUGGAGUGGUUUGCAGAACGUGUGGAUAGAAUUAUUCUGUUAUUUGAUGCACAUAAACUUGACAUUUCUGAUGAAUUCAGAAGGUCCAUAGAAGCUCUGCGGGGACAUGAUGAUAAAAUCCGUAUUGUCCUUAAUAAAGCCGAUAUGGUAGAUCACCAGCAGCUUAUGAGAGUUUAUGGUGCAUUAAUGUGGUCUCUAGGAAAAGUACUACAAACUCCAGAAGUGGCACGUGUGUACAUUGGUUCAUUUUGGGAUCAGCCUCUCAGAUAUGAUGUAAACAGGAGGUUAUUUGAAGAUGAAGAGCAAGAUUUAUUCAAAGAUAUGCAGUCACUCCCAAGGAAUGCUGCUCUGCGGAAGUUGAAUGAUCUAAUCAAAAGGGCUCGAUUAGCCAAGGUUCAUGCAUACAUCAUUAGUGCUUUGAGGAAGGACAUGCCAUCAAUGUUCGGCAAAGACGGCAAGAAAAAGGAGCUGAUUAAGAACUUGGGACAGAUUUAUGAUCAGCUACAGCGGGAACACCAGAUCUCACCUGGGGACUUCCCAGAAAUGAAAAAAAUGCAGGAAUACCUUGUUCACCAUGACUUCACCAAAUUCCAUCCACUGAAGCCACGCCUGCUGGAGGUGGUGGACAAAAUGUUGGCAGAGGACAUUGCUCGACUCAUGGCCAUGAUUCCUCAUGAAGAAGUCCACAUUGUGUCAGAACCACUUGUGAAAGGUGGAGCAUUUGAAGGAGUUGAAGAUUCUGUGAGUCCAUUUGGCUACAGACGAGGUGAGGGCGUUGAUGCAGGGUCUGGUGAGCCAGAGUGGAUAGUCAGCAAGGAAAGAUACAAGUAUGAUGCCCUCUUUGACACACUCAACCCUGUAGAUGGGAAAGUCACUGGAGCAGCCGCUAAGAGUGAGAUGGUGAAGUCGAAGCUUCCGAACUCAGUGCUUGGAAAGAUUUGGAAGUUGUCCGACAUUGACAAGGAUGGUUUCCUGGAUGCAGAUGAGUUUGCGUUGGCUAUGCAUCUUAUUAACGUCAAGUUGGAUGGGCAUGAUCUUCCAUCUGAACUUCCAGAUCACCUCAUACCACCUUCCAAACGAGACCUGUAACACACACUACCUUCUGUUAACUUUAAAUUAUUUGUAUACACUCGUACCUAGGCACAAUUGGUCCUGUAAUAUCAGCAUUGUCUUCAUUGUCUUAUUACCUGCUGAAGGCAUAGGUACCAGAAAUUAUGUUGGUAUGUCAGUUUAGAUGUACAGUCUUUUAAAAACCGGAAAGAGUAUUUUUCUUGUAUGUUAUAUGUAUUUGCUGUGUUUAUUCUUUUAUGUUAUAUGUAUUUACCAUGUUAAUAAUUGUAUGACAUUUUGUGUGAUAUUUGAACGUGCAGUGUUCUGAUAUACUUGGAUAUAUCAUAUUAGAAUUGAAAACCCAUUACAGUGAUCUUAAGGGGUAAAUUUUGAAGUUUCCCACAACAUUUAUAUGGAUUUUGGAGUUAAUUUAUGUUCCGUACUGUGUCUUGGCUGUAAUUGAAGCAUUAAUCAUUUUUGUUUCUACAUUAGAUUACAGUGCUUUCCAUUGUGGUCAGAUAUUUUGGCUUCUAAAUGUUAAAAAGUGUAUUUACAGCUGUACAGAUUCAUGAAUUUUUGGUGAAUAUGAAAUAAAUACACAGUUUUCAAACUGUUAUUUAAGCAUUUUGUCAAUUUUUAACAAUUAGUCAGGAUCCUGAAAACUAAGGGUCACAUUACUGAACAGGCUGGAAACCCAGUUGAGUUCAGUUCUGUUCAGCAUUAUCAUGGCUGUAGCACAGAUAUGUGAACACUGAUUUUGGCAUUGGUGAAUACCGAGUUUUGAGUUGAAGUUGGAUCAUGUUUGAAAUAAUGGAGUUAAUCUCUUCAUUGGUGUUCCCAGAAUAUUUCCAUGAUUCACUGUUGUUUCUGCUCAAUAUAUCCCAGAAAACUUGCGUGUUCAGGGUGUGGCUGUAUGUGUUAUAUCCUGAUAUUUCUGUGGUCUGAUAGUUGUGGCAUGUAGUUCUUAUAUUUGUCAGAAGAUUGUAGCACCAUAUGGCAUUGUUUACCAUGGUUUUCUGAAUGGAUUANUUUUUUUGU